AAUAUAAAGUCGAUAGAUCGAAGAUAUGUGUUAUCGAGAUUUACGUUAAAUUAACUUUUUGAUACAUUCAUUAUUUCAAAUUUUAUCAGAAUUAUAAGAGAAAAAGAAUUUUUAGAGGUUAAUGACGCAUUUAUAACCUGUGGAUAAUAUUAUAUUAUCAAUGUUCAACGCCCUGUUGUCAAUAUUCGUUUCAUUUUAUCAUCAAAUGACAAAUAACAAGUAUCCGAAUGUUAGUAUAGUAUUUAUACAUACCUAAAAACAUGAAAAUGCAGUGGAUGAAUUUUCGAAGAUUUCUUGAAGCAGUGAAAAGAAUUAAUUCAUUAAAUAAGCGUCAAGUUAGCAUUAAUUGCAAGACUGUUGUUUGUAGUUCUGAUGUAGAACUGGCUAAGAAAAAUGGAUUACCAAUUGUGGCCUUGGAAUCCACAAUUAUUACUCAUGGAAUGCCUUAUCCUGAUAAUUUGAAGACAGCCAUUCAAGUGCAAAAUGUUGUCAGAAAGAAAGGUGCUGUACCUGCAACUAUAGGAAUUUUAAGUGGACAGAUACAUGUUGGUUUAAACAAUGAACAACUGCAAACACUAGCUAAAUCAGAUUCUAUUAAAACUAUUAAAUGUUCACGCAGAGAUAUAUCAACAGUUGUUGCUCAAAAACUAAAUGGAGGAACAACUGUUAGUGCAACAAUGUUAAUAGCAAAUUUAUUAGAUUUGCCCAUAAUGGCAACAGGCGGUAUUGGUGGUGUCCACCGUGGAGCAGAACAGACUUUUGAUAUUAGUACUGAUUUAGUAGAGCUUGGACAUACCCCUGUAGCUGUUGUUUGUUCUGGUGUUAAAUCUAUAUUAGAUAUUGAAAAGACAUUAGAAUAUUUGGAAACACAAGGAGUUCCAGUUGUAAAAAUUGGUAAAACAGACUAUUUCCCUGCAUUUUACUGCACUGAAACAUUUCAGAAAAUAAAAGUGCCACAUACUGUAUCAAAUUCACAAGAGGCAGCAAAGAUUCUUAAAGCGCAAAGAGAAUUAGGUCUUCAAACAGGAUUAUUGUUUGCUGUCUCUAUUCCUGGAGAAUAUGCAUUAGAUUCUAAAGAAAUGGAAUUAGCCAUAUGUAAUGCUUUAGAAAGUGCAAAGAGUAAAAAUAUAAGUGGAAAGAAUGUCACACCAUUUUUGCUAGAAGAAAUAAAUAAAAUUACGCAUGGUCAAUCUCUUCGAGCUAACAUGGCACUCAUAGAAAAUAAUGCAAGUAUAGCAGCAGAAAUUGCAAUGAAUUUGGCCAAAAAAUGUUCCCAAAGUUCUCUCAACAAUAAUGCGUUCAAAUGCACUCUGGCAGCAGAAAGAAAUCCAAUUGUAAUUGGCGGCGCUAUAAUGGAUACCACGUUGCAAGUGAAGGAAUCUGAGAUAAAAGACGAUGGUAGAACGCAUGCCGGAAGAAGCCGAGAAAGUUGCGGCGGGGUCGGACGAAAUAUCGCCAACGCCUUGAUCAGCCUUGGUCUGAACGCUACGCGGUUAAUAUCUGUCGUUGGUAACGACCAGCCUGGGAAAGCUAUAAUUAAAAGUCUAGGAGAUGGUGCCCAGACCGUCGAGCAGCUGUCAAAUAUGAACACAGCUAGGUGUACCGUAAUCAUCAAUUACAAGGGAGAAUGUCAAUUUUCAAUCGGUGAAAUGGAAAUAUUUGCUAGUAUCAGUCCAGAUGUGGUGAAGAAAUACCAAUCGUGCGUGGAAAACUCGAGCUUCAUUGUUCUCGAUGGCAAUCUACCGCUGAACACGAUACGAUAUGUAUUGGAUCUUGCAGUAUGCUCAAAAAUUCCAGUUUGGUAUGAACCUACAGAUGUGAACAAAGCAACAAGAGUAUUUGAAACAAAAUCACAAUGGCAAAAUGUUUUACAUUUUAUAUCACCAAAUAGAAAUGAACUGUCAGUUAUUGGGAAAUAUCUUGGCAUACCAGUACCUGACAACAAAUUAUUUAUGGAUUUAGAAGAAGUAAAAGCAAUUGCAGAGCAAAUAGCUGAAUUUAUCCCAGUGGUUAUAAGUACAUUAGGAUCACAUGGAGUAUUGGUCGCUCGUAAAGCCUUCGGAAAUGAUCCCUUUUAUGAUACAGAAGGAAGAUUGGUUGCUCACACUAUGAUAACAUCUCGCUUAUAUCCUCCCUCAUCUUUUAUUUCUGAUGAUCCAAAUGAAACAUUCAAUGUGAGUGGUUGUGGUGAUUGCCUUACUGCUGGAAUAAUUUAUGGAAUUCAUAAAAAUCUAGAUGAAACCAGUUGUCUUUCCUUAGCUUUAAAGGCUGCUGCACUUUCUUUGACUUCAUUAGAUGCAGUUCCUACUUCACUUUCAUUAUUAUGCAAGGAUAUAAAAUGUAGAUAAAUAUUAACAAUUAAAAACUAUAUAUUGAUACAAA